GGACCGCCCCUUGGUCUUGCGCCAGCCAAUGCGAGUGGCACGCGGGCGGUCUCUAUGGGAACGCAGGAGGGAGGAGGGGGAAGCGGUUACUUAGUAACCGGGAGAUGCUGAGCGGCCCCGCCAAGCGGUCGGAAAGUGCAUUCCCAGAGACUGAGGAACUCGAGCUGACCGACGGAUCCCAGACAGGGGCGGCCAAUUUUCUGUUGCUCCCCUAAACUUUAGGCGCCUUUGGCCCCAAUCCAGUCAUGACGUCUCCCCUGUGCAGGGCGGCCUCUGCCAACGCCGUGCCUUCCCAAGAUCAGGCUUCGACACCCUCUUCCAAAGCCAAGGGCAGUAAGGCUCAGGCCAAGCAGGACCACCUCCGGGGCAAGGGCUGGCCCCGGACACAGGCCUGGCCUGCACACCACUCCAAGACGGGACUCUACAGCCGCAGUCCGGUGAAGACCUCUGUGCACACACAGGUGGUUGAGUUACAAAGGAAGAUCCAGCUGUUGGAAGGUGACCGGAAGACCUUCUAUGAGAGCACCCAGUGGAGCAUUAAGAAGAACCAGGAAGCCAUUAGCCUGCUCCGUGAGGAGAUCAAAGCCCUGCAGGGGCAGCUGACGGACCUGCUGCAGGGAGAUGAGAAAGUGGUACAGGCAGUCAUUCAGGAGUGGAAGGAAGAGAAGCCGUACCUGAAGAACAGGAUGGCCCAGCAGGCCCUGGAGCACUUGGACCACCAGCUGAGCGGGAAGGUGAAGCAGCUGAAUGCCCUGCGACACCAGGUGGUGCUGCGACAGAGGCGGCUGGACGAGCUGCAGCUGCAGGAGAGCCUGCGCCAGCUGGAGGUGGCCGAAGUGCAGGACAGCAACACUGAGAUGGCCAAGACCAUGCGGAACCUGGAGAACCGGCUGGAGAAGGCCCGCAUGAAGGCGGAAGAGGCCGAAUACAUCACUGGCGUGUAUCUGCAGCUCAAGGCCUGUCUGCAGGAGGAGGCACUCACCCUGGGGAACCAGCUGGAUGCCAUGGAGGCUGAAGUGGUGAAGGCUAAGCAGGAGGUGCAGGAACUGCACGUGGUGAACCAAGAGGCCCUCAACGCCAGGGACACUGCCAAGAACCAACUGCAGUAUCUGGAGGAGAAGGUGAUCCGCGAGCGCAAGAAGCGGGAGAUAUACAUAUCUGAGUGCAAGAAGCGCGCAGAGGAGAAAAAACUCCAGAACGAGCGCAUGGAACGCAAGACCCAGCGCGAUCACCUGCUGCUGCAGUCCGAAGACACGAUCCAAGACCACCAGCGUGCCAAGGAGGAGGAGCUUCGGCGGCGCUGGAGCAUGUACCAGAUGGAGGUGACCUUCAGCAAGGUCAAGGAUGCCACUGGAGCCGCUGAAACGCACUCGGUGGUGCGGCGAUUCCUGGCCCAGGACUACACCUUCACACAGCUGGAGAGCCUCAAGAAGGAAAACGAGGAGGCACUGGUGAAGCUCAAGGAGGAGAAGCAUCGGCUGCAGCGGGAACUCGAAGACCUCAAGUACUCUGGGGAGGCCACUCGAGUGAGCCAGGACAAGCUGCAAGCUGAGUUGCAGGAGAGCCUGAAGACAGAGGAGCAGCGACGCACUAAGGCCCAGGAGCAGCUGGAGCGCGCCAUGCGAACGGCGCAGGUGGUUAAGGAGAGCCUGGAGCACCUGGCCAGCAAACUGAAGGUCAUCACAGUUGAGGAUAGCCGCUUCUCUGGGAAGGCAUUAGACCCUGCUGCAAGUAACUAUUUGCCGAACCUGCUGAGCCUCGUGGAGGAGAAGCUGCUGAAACUGCAGGCUCAGCUCCAGAGCCACGACGUGCAGGAGAUGCUUCGCCACAUCGCCAGCCGCGAGUUUCUGGUCACCUUAGAAGGAAAGCUUCCCCGGUAUAACACCCGCAUCUCCCUUCCCCUGGCCAGCUCCAAGGACAAGUUCUUCGACGAAGAGGAGAGUGAAGAGGACGACGAAGUGGUCAGCCGGGCCUCGUUCAAGAUUCGUUCCCAGAAACUCAUCGAAACGCGCAACAAGAAGCGAGGUCGCUUGCGGAGGUCCUAGGCCCGUGGUGCCCGCUCGGCCGAGCCCACUGAUCUUCUGGGCCCAGCCAGGGCUGCAUGGGGCCCCCGGAAGGGCUGGACAAGGUCUGAAUGGGAAGCAGAGCAGGCCAGCCGGCCCUGAGGAGAAAAGGGGCCGGGCCAGACGUUCCCACAGUAAAUCUUUCAGGUUGGGUCAGCGCUGGCCUCAGAAUCGCGCAAUAAAGGUCGCCCACCGGC